AUGACGGAGUUCCUCGGGCGCGUCUUUUUCAGCGCCAUCUUCAUCCUGUCCGGCGUGAUGAAGCUCAUGACGGCCAGCGCGGACGCCCCCGUGCUCGCAUACAUGGGCGCCAAGAUCGAGAACGCCCUCUCGAAGGCCGGCCUCGACCUGGACUUGAAGCCGCACUACCUGUACCUGCUGUACGCGGCGUGUCUCCUUGAAAUCGCCGGCGGGCUCCUCGUGGUGAUGAGGUCGUCCCUCGGGCCCAAGCUGCUCAUGCUCUUCCUCCUCAGCGUGACGCCCAUCAUGCACAACUUCUGGGACUACCAGACCGAGGAGGAGAUGCAGCCCGAGAUGAUCAACUUCAUGAAGAACCUCUCGAUGUUCGGCGCGCUCCUCGUGUUCUCGUCCAUGAAGCGGAAGGUCAAGCGCGACUGA